AUGGAAUGUAUAGGGGAUAGAACGUAUGGUCGGCCUUCGGUACUCGCGGAAGGGGAUCGCCACGUCAUCACUCUGAAUCAGCUAACCACGUUGGAGUUGUGCGCGGACGAGCAUCGGGUGUGCGAGAUCUUACACCAUCUCGGAAUACCUUCUGCUUCCUCGAUAUCGAUUCGUCUACUCGACUCGAGAUGGGGUUACGAUCUCACCCCGCUCAUAUCCUUGGUCGAUGCGCAUCUCGAGAACGGCCCAGGGUUGAGACGCUUGCUCUUCAAUCACUACGGGUGCUACCUGUACUGCGAGUUGGUCGCAUAUUCGACUCGAUACCCGGACAAGGCCGACGUUCCGAUGUUGCGGAUAACUGUACCGGAUGGAUGGCAAUCCAUCCUGCUACGGCUCAUCGGGGAUGUGCGUCAGAACGACCUUGAGCUGCAGGACGCCCGUACGGACGAGUCGAUCGCAGAAUCCUUCUUGCAGCGCUUCGGAACCACAGUCACAGAACUCCUCCUUCAGGGGGACCUGGCCUGCUCGGCCGUCAUCCCCUUCCUCACUCCAUCACCAGAGCGACCUACUCCACUCCCCAAUCUGCAGCACGUCCGCAUGUACCUGAAAUGGGAUUCGACGUCCCAGUAUAUGCUGGAUGAACUGAAGCAUCUAUUGACCACCAGGAGCGGCGACGAGGGAACUAAUGCACUUGCAGUCAUUCUCGUCCCUGGAGAACGUUGCUCGCGUAGGAAAUUGCACAGAUUUUGUGAGUCUACUGGUUUCGCGGAGCGUCUUACAGUGGAAGAAUCGGAUGCGGAAUCGGAUGCACUGCAGGUCAGCGAUUCCGAGGAGGGUUCUAUAGGAGAAGAGACGGGAAGCAAUCCUGAUCUACUAUGGGACAGUGAUUCCGAGGGGCGUAUCAUAGAGCAUGAGUCGAGACGAAGCCCAUGGAACAGCGACUCCGAUUGA